AUGGGGGAGGGGCCGCGCUGGGUGUCCCGCGCUACGCCUGUGGCCCCACCGACCCGGCUGCGCCGCCACGGCCCUUUGGCCAACAGCCCCGGGGACGUCGCUGGGACCCGGGGCCCGGCGGCUACAACCAUGUUUCGCAGGAAGCGCAGUGUCUCCUUUGGGGGCUUCGGAUGGAUCGACAAGACCAUGCUGGCGAGCCUAAAGGUCAAGAAGCAGGAGCUGGCCAACAGCCCGGACGUGACCUUCCCAGACCGGCCGCUGUCCCCCCCUCUCACCGCACCUCCCACUAUGAAGUCGGCGGAGUUCUUCGAGAUGCUGGAGAAAAUGCAGGGGAUCAAGCUUGAAGAGCAGAAGCCGGGCCCCCAGAAGAACAAGGAUGACUAUAUCCCGUACCCCAGCAUUGAUGAGGUUGUGGAAAAGGGAGGCCCGUACCCCCUGAUUGUCCUGCCCCAGUUUGGGGGCUAUUGGAUCGAGGACCCAGAGAACGUGGGGACGCCGACCUCCCUUGGCAGCAGCAUCUGUGAGGAGGAGGAAGAGGACAGUGUCAGCCCCAGCACGUUUGGCUAUAAGCUUGAGUGCAGGGGCGAAGCCAGGGCCUACCGCAGGCAUUUCCUGGGGAAGGAUCACCUAAACUUUUACUGUACUGGCAGCAGUUUGGGGAACUUGCUCCUGUCCAUCAAGUGUGAGGAGGUGGAGGGCAUGGAGUACCUUCGCAUCAUUCUCAGGUGGGGCUCUGCACCGUUGGAGGCCACACCUCUAGUGGCAGGGACCCAGAAAUACCAGUCUGACCAGUCUGGUCUGGGUGUGCUGGGGGGAACAGACCAGCUGGAAUCCUGGGGCUGUGUUCUGGUCGCCAGGCCAAGAGACCAAGUGUUUAUGUCAGCCGGGGGAUUGUGGGAGUCAGAGUGGUAUCCUAGUCUCAAGGUCACCUAG